AUGAAGCAUGUGGAAAGCCAAAUUGUUCAACGGCCGUAUCAACUGAGCAACCGCCAGUGGUCUCCUGCUGCAAUAAAUGCAAUGAAUUAUUUCCGAAAACCUCUGCUGCAGCGCAACAGUCAGAGCCUCCAAGCUAAAGCUCCAUCACGUUCAGCUCUUCCACCAGUGUUUACCUUUCCUAUAUCCUAUGCUUCUCGAGGAGUUAACAGGCCAAAUCCAAUGGCCCCCUCACAAUCCCCAGCAUAUCCUUCUUUUCCACCUCAGCCUGCUUCUCCAUCCUCUCCUACAAUUCUCCUUCUUCCACCUAAAAAAAAAACAAGAACAGCCAUUUCAUCUGCUGUUGCUCAGCCAUUUCCUGCUUACCUGCCUUCUGUAAAGCAGACUGCUAUAAACAGUCAAACUUCUUCUAGUAGUGCACCAGUACCCCAGCCUGUUUAUAUUUUUCCACCACCUGCUGCAGCACCUGCACCAUCCAUACCAGCAUCAUCAUCGAUACCCCUGGCACCAUCUGCCACAGUAUCCCUGCCAGCACCAGCACCUGCACCCCCAGCAUCAUUUUUCAUAUUUCCACCUCCAGCAGCAGGACGUUCUGCUCGUACCCGAACCUCCUCACCACCUCAGCACAGUGCUUCUCGUGGAUCUUCUCGAUCAGUUCCUAUGGUACCACCUGUAUUCAUAUUUCCUCCCCCUUCUCCAAUUGCACAGCCACCUGCUAAACCUUCAUCAUCUCCAGGUUUAAAAUUAAGACCAUCUGCAGGUGCAGCACCUCCUGUAGCUCCUGCUCAAACUUUUAUUCCAGCUGCUCCUCCUGCUCCAUCAAUCUUCAUUUUCCCACCACCUGCAUCACCCCCAGGGCCUUCAACUGUGCCUUUAAUUCCACCAUUUUUACCUGGAGAGAGGGCCCCAAGUCCUGCUCCACCAAUUUUUAUAUUUAAAAAACCACGUUCUCCUGCCCAGCCUGAACCUCCACUUUCUGCCCCAGCUUCCCCUGCACCAGCACCUGCUCCCACUGCUCCAAUCUUCAUAUUUCCUCCUCCUGCUCCCCAGAAAGAAUCUCCUUCACCUGCAUCUCAGCAACCUCCUGCAGCCUUACCUCCAUCAGCACCACAAACUCCUGCUCAUUCACAGCCUAUCUUUAUUUUACCACCCUCACCACCCCCUUCACCUCCACCUUCUCCAGCACCACCCUUUUUCCCUUUCUCACCAUCUCCCGCACCUCCUCAGCCUAUUUUUGUAUUUCCUCCUCCACCACCUCCUCCAGUCUUCCCUCCAUCACCAACUCCUGCUGCAUCUCCAUCUCCUCCUUCCACACCAGCUUCUGCUUCAGGACCACCAAUAUUUAUUUUUCCUCCACCUGCUCCAGCACCACCUUCAGAGAAGCCAACUCAAGAGACAUCAAUGAUGCCUCCAUCCCCUCCAGUUGCUGCUGCACCUCCUUCUAUUCUUAUUUUUCCUCCUCCGGCUCCUCAGCCCCCACCAGCCACACCACCACCUCCUUCUCCAGCAUCUGGACAACGAGGGCCAGGGCAAGAUCAUAAUGGUUUUCCACUACCAGCUCCUGCCCCUGCACCAUCAAUUAUAAUAUUUCCCCCAGCGUCAUCUCCACCUGAAAAAGAGUCUGCUUCCAAACAGCCUGACCAAGUUGCUCCAGCUGCACCUCCUCCCCUACCUCCUGCCCCCAUUUUUAUUUUUCCUCCUGCACCACCACAGUCUCCACCAUCACCCCCUGCCACACCUUCUCCUGCUUCUCCACCAUCACCUGUACCACCAAUACCAGCACCAGCCCCAUCAAUUUUCAUAUUUCCAUCAGAAAAAGAAGCAUCCACAUCUUCUAAACCAUCUCCAGCACCAGAAAAGGCUGAAUCUCAGCCUGCCUCUCCUCCUGCCCCGAUUUUUAUAUUUCCACCACCUGCUGAAAAAGGGCCAUUCCCACCAUAUCCACCACAAGCUGCUCCAUCCCCUCCACCAGUCUUUAUAUUUCCACCACCAGUGUCCCCAAAUGGUCAUUUUCCAGGGGACUCUUCAUCACAACGAAAAGAAGACAUGCAGCCUCCAAGUUCUCCUCCACAGCCAGGUUCAGCACCGUCAAUAUUCAUAUUUCCUCCAUCACCACCAGAAACAAGUCCUGGUUCUGCCCAGCCUCCUCAACAGCCCUCAUUUCCACAACCACCACCUCCUGCACCACCAGCUCCAGCUCCACCAAUAUUUAUAUUCCCACCACCCCCACCAGAAAAAGAAUCUGAUUCUGCACCACCUGCCACCCCCCAGCCAGCACCUGCUUCACAGCCAGCUCCAGCGCCACCACCACAGCCAAUAUUUAUAUUUCCUCCUGCUCCUCCUGAAAAACAGUAUCCUUCUUUACCUGCUACACCAUCUUUCCCACCUUCACCACCACCCAUUCCAUCUUCUCCAAUAUUUAUAUUUCCUUCUACACCAAAAGAAACACCACAAUAUCCUCCAGGUAUCUUACCAGGACAACCACCUCUUUCUCCUGCUACUCUUUCUGGAGCUCCUCCAGCCUCACCACAAUCUAUAUUCAUAUUUCCACCUCCUUCACCUGCCUCAGCAGAAAAGCUUGUACCUUCACCUGCCCCAACAGAAAAACCUGCAGGUACACCUGGCUCAUCUUCUCCAAUACUAAUAUUCCCACCUCCUGUAUUUCCACCUAGACCUCCUGCCCCUCCCUCAUCUUCUGGAGUUCCAAUACCUCCAGUAUUCAUUUUUCCUCCAAAUUCUAGACAACCACCUGAUUCUCCAGCACCACCGGAAAAACCUUCACCUGUUCCAGGUCCACCAAUACUUAUAUUUCCACCAGCCUCGGAUGCCGCUAAACCAGGUGAUAAUUCUGUUUCACCACAGCUACCAAGUCCACCGUCAAUAUUUAUUUUUCCACCAGAGACUGGGCCAUAUCCUGGGGCACAGUAUCCAGCUCCUCCAAUAUCACCAGCUCAAGGACCACCAAUUUUUAUUUUUCCUUCUGAUGGUGGUAUGUCUCCAGCACAAACACCUUCAACCAUGAUGCCUAGAGAUGACAAACCACCUCCUCCUCCACCUCCAUCCCAACCUCCAUCAAUAUUUAUUUUUCCACCAGAGACUGGCCCACAUCCUGGGGCACAAUUUCCACCUCCUGUAAUACCACCGGCUCCAGGACCACCA